UUCUGGACAUCAGCAGAAACAACGGACCGUAGAAAGCGAAGUCAUCGUAAUUUUAUUUUGUAAAUUUUGAUUUAUUCUGGUGUGUUUUUCUUUGUGAUUUUCACAUUUCGAGAAGAGUGUACAAUUUCGUAGUGCUGUGAUUAGGUUGUUAACAUUACAGCGAGUCAAGAUGGACAGUAGCAAAGGGAGUGACGAGGUCUCGCCCAACCAAUGUAGGAAUGGCUGCGGGUUCUAUGGUAGUGCCGCUACCGAGGGAAUGUGUUCAAAAUGUUUUAAAGAUCAUCAGAGAAAGAAGCAGAAUUCACCCGUGCAACCACUAGCUCAUGCGUCACAUCAAAGUACCAGCUUAUCAUUUCAAGGUUUCCACGGCAAGGAAAAUGACAAAGCCUCAUCUAGCCUCAUCCGCACCAGCAACACAGACACUAGCUCUCUACUAUCCACCUCCUCAAUUACAAACACAGCAACAACGGCCCUCAGCAAUCCAGCCAGUAAUGCCAACGAGAGAGUGCAAGGAGCGCCGGAGGUAGAGGGCGCCACAGCCAAGAGUACCGUGGACGAGAUCGAGCUGCCAUCAUGUCCGUCGCCGAGCACUAGCUCCUCAGAUUCCCCGGAUGGGUCUGACAGCCCGGACAAGGGCAAAAAGAAAAAGAAUAGAUGUGUGACUUGCCGCAAGAAAGUUGGACUCACAGGUUUUGAAUGUCGGUGUGGAGGCCUCUUUUGCAGUAUACAUCGCUACUCCGACAAGCACGAUUGUAAAUUUGAUUACCGGUUGCACGGCCAAGAGGAAAUAAGGAAAAACAAUCCCGUCAUCGUCGGCGAGAAAAUCCAAAAACUGUAAUCUUUGCAGAUAUAUGUAUAUUAUAGAUAAUACAAUAUAUCCCUUCGACUGUGGACUUUACACAGUGUUUUUGAUAGAUCAAAAAUUGUACGUCUCUCCAAAAGGGACUCCCAGCACCCUUUUAUCAGAGCGAAAUUUCCUCCUUGUUGUCAUUUUUUUAUCGUCAUUGUUGUGGUUUUUUCAUCAGCUCAAUCGUCAUCUGUAGAUCAAUUAAUUCUCAUAAACAGACUCAGCAUUUAAAGCCAGCCGAGGGGUUUCAACAUGUCUGCGAUGUCAUUGAGUUGAGAAGCAGAUUAGAGAAAAAGAGUAGGUUUUUAGAUUUUCUUUUUUUUGUUGGCAGAGAAGCAAAUACCAUGGUUUGGUCUUAGAUGUUGUAAACUUGUCUGUUUGUGCAAUGCUUGGACAAUAACCUUUAAGCUGUGAGUCAGUAGUGAUGGACAGUCUGCCUUUCGGUAGCAUUACCACAGAUCAGACCAAGGUGUUGUUCCAUGUGAAAGAGAUUUUCACGAGAAGUCUCAGGACAUGGGGAGAUUAUUGAAACAGUACAGUGGUUUAUGAUUAAGACCAGGCAUGACUGCGCUCAGAACCACACUCCAUAAACUAAAAGCACAAAACCUAGUUGAGCAAAGAAAAACUUGUUUAAUAAAACAAAUUUUUGUUCCAACACUAAUUUAAGCUUUUUCAGAAGUUAGGAAAGUCAAAAUGGGUGAUUAACAGAAAUAUGAUGCUUAAACAAUUCUGGGACAAUGAAAGCAACAGCACUGGAAAGCAAUGCAAGUGACAAGUGAGAAAAGUUCUUGUACACAAGAACUGGUGACAUUAUACUGGGUAAUGUAAGCAGCAAAAAAUCAUGAGAAGAAAACAACAACGCCCAGUUAAUAGUACCAGUUUAGAUAGAUUGAUAAUUAAACUUGAAAUAUCAGUCAAUCAUUUCUUUAGUGGUGGACACCAGAAACCACAGGUUUUGGACAACCUUUUCAUUUUUUAUUUUUUUUUCUGAAAAUGUUAUAAUUGAGACAAAAUGCAUUUUUCCUUAAUAUAUUUAAAAAACUAUGUGUCUGUUAUGCUUGUUAUAUGUCGGUUUGUAGCUUAUUAACACUAUUUACUACAUCUUUUUUUUUUUUUUAUCGUUUUCUUUCGCUAAAAUCUGUCAUCACCACAAGUUGUGUUAGUUUUGAUCUUAUAGCAACUUUACAAGUAUUUGAUUCUGUCAAACAAAAUUGAUGUCAAAACAUAAAUUGCCCAAGCAUUGUCCACACAUUUAAGUGAAGUUAAUGUACCAACUAACCGUGUAAUGUUAUUUCAAGGUAUAUGCAAGUAUUUUCUUGAUGCAUUGUUUUGUUUGUUACAAAUGGGAGGGGAAAAGUCUGAACAUGGACAAACUUAUCUAUGCUCUGUUUAAAGCAGGAGCAUUGUCAUUGGGGGAUGUUUGGUACUCCCCAAUCGUGUAUACCUACGUACGUGAAAAUAAAUUGACCACGGUUAAGAACCUUAUCUCUUCCAACAGUGGCCUAGACUCCAUUGCAAAUUGAGCAAAUCUAGCGGCUUCUCCUGGUUACCACUCUCAUUAAAGCACCAUGGGUUAUAGCUCUACUCUCUACAUCAGUAGGCUUGUGUGUGUGUGUGCCUCAAAAUGUCACAGAUAUUGGGGUGUGGGGUUGGUUGUCUUUAGAAACACACUGAUAUAGUAGGAGAGUUGGAUUUUGUUGAUGGUUAUGCAUUGUAUGUAGAGGAAAGCAGCAAUGACAAUGUUCUAUCCAUUAUCACAAUUUCUACAAACCAUAUAAAGACAAAACUGAGAAGCAUCACCAUUUAUGUAAGUGUUGGUUUGAAGGCCAACACUGAACUGUCCUGCCACAUAACUGAUGUCACCAUUAUGUACAAUUCUUUACAUUAGAAAACAUUACUCUGCGUUACUUUGUACCCAUACUGGGAUUCUGUUUUUUUUCUCUUUGAUAAGCAGUGUGCGCUGGUCAAACAUUCAAGCGGCACUUCUAAAAACCUAACUGUAUCCUCAUUGAAACAGCUAACUGAAGUAGCAACAUUUCUAUUUUGACAUCUUGAGGCUCGCAAAUAAUGCUAGUGACUGGCGUUUAGCAGUUACCUGCUCGAUGUACCUUUGACCUAACCUGCCACGACAAUACUGUGUGUGUAGAGACGCAUUAGUCUCAUUUCCUACAGUAUCAGAACAGUCUGGUAGUUAUGCAUCAUUCACAUGUUUCUAGUAGCCAAUCAAAUAUUUUGAUUUGUAAGACCAGUGCCUGUGUCUAUCUUUACGAAUAAAGACUGGGGACCAGUCUAUAUUUCUGGACGCCAACUUUGAUAAUCACUGUAAAGCAUAUUGAUCAUAAACGUCAAUAUCAGAUGUGUAAAAACAAAUAGUAAUAAUAACAAAUAAGCAAGAUGUUUUACAAUUCUUUAAAAAAAAAAUACAGCCCCUUCAUCCUUUUGGGGGCCAUUUUCAUAGAGAUGCUAAGCUCACAAUUGUUGCUAAGCUCAACAAACAAAUUGCUCAGCGGUUACCAGCCACAUUGCCACGUCGUUUAUUUUAUGUGUGAUUGGUUGCCCCAAGCCACUUUUUUUUUGCCAAGCAAAUAAUGUUUGUUUUUUUAAGUUAUAUGUUUACUGCUUAGCAACUCCAUGGAAUUGGGUCCCGGGUGGAUAUUAACCUAUUAGGCAGUACUCUAGAUGUGUAUUAUACUAUUUCCUAUUUGAAAAUUUUUAAUUUUAACAAUCACUUUGACUGCAUGCAAUUGUGGUAUUUAAAGGAACAGAGUUCAAUUUACAUAAAAAAGUUUAACAGUGGUAUAUUAUGCUAGUCUAGAAUCAUGCAAAUUAUACAAAUUUAUUAAUACGUCUAGCUAAAUGGUUUUACUUUUUUCUUCGUUUUACCUGGUAAUAAUUAAAGUACAUACACAAUAAUGAAAGGAUGGGAAACACUUUAAGAGUAUGUUAGUUUUUCGGUCAUUCAUCCAUAUUCUAAACUGCUCUCAUAUUUAAGAUGUCUGAUUAAAAUUUGAUGUAAAAUA